CUAAAGUCAACAUGUAGAGGAACAUUGGAUAGUCUCUUUCUUCUCUCUGUCACACUUAUUUAUCUAUAGGAGCAGCUCCUCAGUACAAAGCAGGCUGUGAGUCAUGGCAGCAGAUCCCCUGGCUCAAUGCUGCUUUGGUUAAUCAGUAACCAGAGUGGGAGCAUGGUGAGUGGCUGGCUGGGUUAAAGCAAGGGAGCAGAGGAGUCAGGACCUCACUCAGCACCUCACUAAGCAGCAGCAGCAGACACACACGGUAAGAGCUACCUUUGACUUUUUCCCAUUUAUUGCCUUUUGAAUGUGCAAUACAGUGAAUGUAAACUUGUCGGAGAUUAGGGGAAAUGUCUGAGUUUAGAGAAUUGAUUGGGAUUUUCCAUUAUAUCCUUCAAAACCAAAAAACAAUGUUCUAAAUACGUAAUAUUGUCUCCGACAAACGUUUCAGUUUGAGGGUUAAUAAAAAUAAAUAGUGCAACUAAUAUCUGUAGAGUUGCUCUUUGAAGACAAGGUUAUUAAGAAACCGAUCAUAUCAAAAGUUUUGUCAAAAUUCUGGAGCUUGACAGAAAACGUCUCCGAUCAUGAAUCAGCAAUGCUUUUUGACCUCUGUCAUCGAGUCAUCGGGUACACAGAUGGGUUGGUUGUGUAUAAGAACAUUUGAGUGCACUGGUUUUAUUGAUCGGGAACCAAGGCCAUGUCCUUUGGUACAUGUCCAAACAGAGGAAAAUCUAGUGUUUGCUAACCUCCUCCAAAAGUCCAUCAGGCCACAUUUCUGCACGUUCAACUCAAAGGAUAAAGUCCUAUUUUUGCAUAAGAGCACUUACCCAAGUUCUUCUCCUUCAGAGACAUCUAGGUCAAUAUAUAAAAAGUGUUCAUAAAGGAGAGACAGUUGUCAGUUCAACUUAGAUGACCAACUCCAGUAUUUUAAAUGCGUUUACUCUUCAUUCAUUAGAAGCUCCAGCCACAAAAAUUAGGAUGGACAGUUGAGAAAAUGUGAAGUAUCUUAAUAAAAUUAUAAUAUAUUUAGUUUCAUUUUAAUUAUAUACUUUGUGUGCAGACGUUUGUUCUGCAAAAUAUAUUUAUCUAUUCAUUCUAGAUAUGUGCAUAUGUACAGCCAAAUUUGUCACAAGUAUCAUAUUUUCCAAUCAUACUGUCCAAAAUGAACAGUUUAGUCUUAAUAUAUGGUGACAAUUUGAGCAUGUAAAUUUGUUUGAUGACUGCCUGAGCACAUUCAAUUUGUGUACUCAAUCUGAAGGCUCUUCAAACAGAAUCCAAAUAAACAAUAAACAAUAUCCAAAUGAAACUCCAUCUCAUUUUAGUCACUAAACACACACAAACACACACACAUAGAUGCACGUAGAUGAGUCUUCAUUUUCUAUUCGACCUCUGUUGCAGAGGGUAAUGCCUGCUCUCAUUCACUGGCCAGCAGGAGAGAAGACACACAAAGAGCGAUCAAUCAAUCACUGACAUGCCGCUCUAUGCCCAAUGUUCCUGCCAGCCAAUCCUGUCAGAGAUGGAAAACCAGAUUCAGCCAGAUUUCUGACGAAAGCCACACUAAUAGUCAUCUAGUAUUCAGAGACCACCCAAUGCUCAGUGCUCAGCAAGAGCUGCUCAAGAGGCAGUCUGUAUUUUUAUAUACCUAAGGUAGGUAAUUCAUCUUAAACUUAAACUGUCUGUCUCCCUCCACAGAAAGAAUCGUUUAAAGUGACUACCAACAAAAGGUAAAAUGCAGAGAUCGCCUCUUCUAUUCCUCCUACUAUGCUGCUGGCUGUCAGAAAUUCAGGCCAACCGCGUCUACGUUCACCCCUUCCAUCUCUUUGCUGCCGAGAAUGUCAGCUGCGAGACCCUGCAGGACCAGACGUCCAAGCCCCUGGAGACACUUCCUGUGGCCCCCCUUGAUAUUGAAGUCCUGACACCAGAUAGCAGGGACCAGUCUAAACUGGAUGCACAGAGGCAAAACAUCACAGAGAGGACCGCGGUUCUGGCAGAGCUGUUGAACUCUCUGGGCCUGAGGAUGUACCAGGCUCUCAGCAAGCAGCACAGCACCAACACCCUCCUCUCUCCAGUCAACACCUUUGGAUCCCUCGUCACUUUCUACCUGGGAGCCUCCAAGAAGACAGCGCGCACGUUCCAGCUUCUUCUGGGACUGAUCAGUGAGACUGACCGAGAGGACUGUGUGUCCUUGGUGGACGGACACAAGGUUCUCAAGACCCUGCAGAGCUUUAACUCUCUGGAGGACGAUGGACCCAAAGAUGAAAUCGCUACCCAGGUCUGGGCCUUCACUCGCCAGGAUGUUCAGCUAUCCGAGGACUUUAUUCAAGGCACACAGGACUUCUCAGACACAUUGUUCAUCCGCAGCGUGGACUUCUCCAAACCUCAGGAGGCUGAGCAACUGGUGAACAACUUUGUAGAGAGGACGUCAGACGGGAAGGUGAAGAGCAUCUUCAAAGAUCUGAACUCCAGCAGUAACCUUCUGUUCAUUACUUCCUUCAACUUUCAAGGGAGCUGGAGGACAGCCUUCCAGCCAGAGAAGACCUCCUUGCAGGAGUUUCACGUGGAUGACACAACAACAGUGAUGGCUCCACUGAUGACCCACACGGGUCAGUACCACUACCUGAAUGAUAAGGUGCGACAGUGCACCGUUGUGAAGCUGUCUCUGAGCAAACAGUCAUACAUGUUGCUGGUCCUGCCUCAUGAAGGGGCCAACGUCCGUGACAUAGAGUCAAAGCUGCGCACAGACCUCAUGUCUAACUGGCACCAGAGCCUCCAGGAAGGUCUGUUGGAGCUGUCACUGCCAAAGUUCUCGAUGUCUUCUGUGACUGAUGUGCGUGACCUACUGACCAACAUGGAUCUAGAAAUCGAGGCUAAACUGUUGGGCUCCCAGGCUGAGUUCAGCCAACUCAGCAACACCAAACCCUUCUCUAUAGAUAAGGCGGUCAAUAUUGUGUUGUUUGAGAUGUCGGAGGAAGGAGCAGAACCUCAGGACAACAUACAAGAAGCAGGCGUCCCUCUGAAGCUGUCCAUCAACCGGCCUUUUUUCUUUUCUGUCAUAAAAGAAUAUUCUAACGUCAUCCUCAUGCUGGGCAAAAUCACAAAUCCUACACUCUAAAGUUAUAUAGUACUUAAAACCAACAAAAACCUCUGACAUGAAAAAUGUCCAACAUACCAGACCCAUUUCCUUACAAUCUACUUUAUCGCCUACAGCUUGAAUUUCCGCUGGGAUUGAAAUCAAUCAUUCAACGGACAUCUCAUUAAAAUCAUACCCUUGUUUCUCAACUUAAAUAAUGGCCACAUACAGUACUCGAGGAAUGGAGCACAACCUCGCUCAAGACAAAUCCAUCAGUAACACUUCAACAUUGUUGAGUCACUGGGGAUCCCUGUCUCAGUAUUUAUGAAAAGCUGUUACUUUAAUCUGAGUUGUUUUCAAGCAGCCUGUUAAAAUCCUAAUUUGUUUUUUUCUAUGUAAAAUUUAUUAUAGCAGAUUUCUGUACAGUAUUUUUCAGUAGAGUAGGUACAGUAACCACAACUCUCUACGUUGAAUGACUAAUACGUUGUAUAUUGUAACUAAGAGUUUAUUUUUGUUUUGUUAUGAUUUGUGAUUGCUGAAAUAAAACAUGUUUCCCAAUAUAGUUAAUGUCCUUGAUUUUCAUCAGGAAUUUAGGCAAAGUCUUUACCAUUUCAGGGCUUCAAACGAGUGUUGUAUCAAUAUGCAUCACCACCUAAACAGGUCAGGAGAGAAGCCAACAAAACUGGGCUCUAUGGAAAUGCUGCAAUAGAGAUGGUUCAACUUUUUGGUUUGGGGUUAUGCUACAUUUAGUUCUGAUUGAGUGGAAAUUUUGUUAAGAUACGGGUCGAGGCAGACAACCACCCACCAUGAGCCAGGUUCUGUUCAAGGUUUCUCAGUGAUAAAAAGGAGUUUUUUCUUGCAGCUGUUGCCAAGUGCUCACU